AUGCUGAGGUUGUUUGAGAAAAAAUGCCCACCAGGUGGUGAAAAUACUGUUGUUGUUUACACAACAACAUUGAGAGGAAUUAGGAAGACUUUUGAGGACUGCAACAAUGUGAGGUCCAUCAUUGAGUCACACCUUGUUCAUGUUCUCGAGCGCGACAUAUCGAUGGAUUCGGGAUUCAAGGAGGAGAUAAGGGGGCUAAUGGGGACCAAGGAUGUAAAGGUUCCACUUGUAUUUGUCAAAGGGAGGCUGAUUGGUGGAGCUGAUGAGAUUGUGAAGUUGGAAGAGGAAGGGAAGCUUGGAGUUUUGUUUGAUGGGAUUCCAACGGCACUUGUCGGGUGCCAGGGAUGUGCUGGGAUGAGGUUUGUGAUGUGCAUGGAAUGCAAUGGAAGCUGCAAGGUCUUGGAUGAGGGUCAAAAGAAGAUGGUGAAAUGUGGCAGAAGCAGAAGACAGAUUUUUAAUUCAAGAAGCAGCUUUUUUUACUUUGCGAAGUGGGGUUCUAAAGUGGGUUUUAGGCCCCCUUCUGCUGGCCUUGUAAUUCUAGAUUGCUUUUUCUCAUCCUGA